AGCCCCAAUUUGAUUUCCCUCUUUCGAACCCCGCAAAUAUAUAUAUAUAUAUAUAUAUACUAAUUCAUCUUAAACCAAGUCCUAACGCGGUUCUCCAAUUUCUCAGCCUAACUUCUUCAAUAUAACAAAUCUAUCACUCUCUCUCUCUCAAUUCAAAAUCAAACCAAGCCAUCUUCUUCCAUCUCAAAAACCAUGGCAAGGGGCUGCCACCCUUGCACCUCCUGCGUCUGUACCCUCUACGGCGCCAUGGUGAUCUUCGCUCUCUCCUUUCUCAUAUUCUGGUUGAUUUUCUUACCCCAGGAGCUCAAAUUCACCGUCACCGACGCCUCCUUAACCCGGUUUGAUUACAACUCCACCGGCAACAACACCCUCUUCUACAACAUGUCCCUCAACAUCACCAUCAGAAACCCAAACAAGAAAGUCGGUGUCUACUUCAACCGGAUACAAACCCUAUCUCACUUUGCCAAAAAGAGGUUUUCCAUGGUGACUUUGACUUCUCCACCGUUUUACCAAGGACAUAAGAAUACCACCGUUGUUGGUGCGGCUAUUGAAGGCCAGCAAUUGCUUUUGUUUAAGAAAAAAGAUGUUGACAAGUAUGAUAGGGAGACGAGUGCUGGGAUUUAUAGUAUCGAAAUCAAGCUUGCUCUUAGGGUCAAAGCCAGGUACGGGAAGUUCAAGACCCGAUAUUACAAACCAGCUGAGAAGAUUAGCUGCAAGCUCAAGCUUCCUUUGUUGCACAAGUCUAUUAAUGGAACUGCCUCUAGUGCUGCUCAGUUCCACCCCACGAGGUGUGGUAAUGUGUAUGUUAUAAUUGCUAAGUAUGAUGGAGCUUAAAAGUCUCUCUAUGAAUUAAUUACUCUUCAGUACUUAUAAUAAGCUCGUUUACGUUUAUACAUAUAUACAUAUAUAUAUAUAUAUAUUGCAAGAGAAUGCAAAUAUCCCUUGUUCGGAUGUGGUUAUUUAUUUAUUUAUUUUUUUUCGGAUUCUACUCUUAAUUAAUUUCGAUGAAAUAUUAUACAAAUAAAACGCCGUUGCAAAUAUUUGUACUCCCAAGGAGUUGUUUAAACUUGGGUGCAUACGUUGGUUUUCAGUUGAGUUGCUUGGAUUUGCACUUUGUUUAUGAUAUGUAAUAUACAGACACAGUUUUUACUGAGUUAAUAUAUUUUGGUGCGGCUUAAUUUUUGUCA